UAUAAUGCAUCGAACGCGUCAUUUUACGGAGCGUUGUCACAAUUAAAUCGAUUUAAUUUUAAUUUGCUAAUAUUUUCGUGUCGAAACCAAAAUAAUUUUCGUGUUUGUAAUAAUAACUAUUAAUCGAAUCAAUUUUACUUUUGUAAUAACUGGAUGAAUAUAAUAAUGCCCUUUAAUACGAUAAAACUUUUCUUCGGAGACGAAAAUACCUAAAAGAGUUUACGACAAAUAAAAUGUACGACAAACAAAAACCAUCGCCAGCUACGAUUAAAGUGUUUUUGCUACCAUUUCUGUGAAUUAAAUCGGUUGGAGUUGUUUCUUCUGAAAAUUUUAAGGUUUGGAGUGAAUGCUCUGCAGAAAAAACAAAGCGAAACGGAUAACUGUAUACAAAAGAUUUUUCAUCUACCAAAUCAUCCGUUGAAUAUAUUCAUUGUUUAUAAAACACCAACAUGGACCCGAAACAACAAUCCGUUGUCCCACAAUGCAACGAAUGGAAUAUAAUGGAAAAUAACAUGGAAACACUGCCACCUGCACACGAUUCUCGAAAAAAUAUUCUGAAUAUUCUCAAUGAUCAUUGCAUUCAAGAAAUCUUUAUUCGUUUGCGUAGAAGAUGCGAGUUCUUGAAUGUCGCGGAAGUAUGCACAAGAUUCCAAAAAAACGCCAUAAACUGUUACCCUUCGCGUCUGAAAAAGGCCACAUUUUACAACGUUCACUUUCCUCAUAAUAUGCAUCCAAAUCGUGUAGCAAGUUACUUAAGUAUAUUUGGUCAUUUGUUGAAGACGAUCGAUUUACAUUUUGACAAUGAAUCAAGAGAUACUAAACUAGAACUUAGAUCCAUGACACCUAAUGACUAUUUCCGUCUCAAUCAUCUCCACUUGAUCACUGAGUACUGCGGAAAAAAUUUAAUCGAAUUGAACAUUAAUGCGGAUGGCCAAUCUGACGUCUGUUGUGUGGAUUUAAAUGAAUCAAGAAGUUCUCAGUUUGAAGUUUUGGAAAAGCUAACAAUAAAGGGGUGCAUAAUUACAAAACUUGGUCUAUUUAAAAAUCUCAAAUAUUUGCACGUAAUAAUAUGUGAAUUUGAAAAUUGCGAUGGGCUUGCAAACACAUUCCCUAACUUAACGGAUGUUCACUUUGCCGUGGUGAACAAAAGUAUUGACGACUCUUCGUUCAUCGAUUUUCAAAUGAAAAAUUCACAAAUACAACGUUUGGGUGUCGCCAAUUGCCGCUGUCUCUCUUCUCGCAUACUUCAAAAUGUCGAGAAACGACUGCCAAAUCUCGAACGCAUACUUUAUGUUUCGAAUGAAGAUGAAGAAGAACAUCGAAACAAUCUAAUGGAUGUGAGCGAAUUGAAAAAAUUGAAAGAAUUGAACAUCAGAUUUAAUAGAUUGGAAGAUAUGCCAAAUAGAGCACUUAUCGAUCGUCUGGCUGAUCGAGAGGUACCUAUUGAACAUUUGUAUGUUAACCGUUUUAACGAUGUUGAAGCUAUAUCGAAACUAAAAAAGCUGAGAUCAUUGAAUAUAUUCGAUUGUAGUAAGGAAAUUGCAAUCAGAUUAAUUGAAAGUAUACCAACUCUGAAUACUAUUGAUAGGGUGGUUGUUAAACAAUUAUAUGAUGUAGUUGAAGUCUUAGAACAGUCAAAGCAGUUGACCAGAAUCACAAUCGCAGCAAAUGUACAAAAAAUGAAUUUACAAAGUUACAAUGCAAUUUUGCGUGCAGCCAAAAAUCGUGUAAAAGUUUGUUUAACACUGGGUUGUGUUAUUGAAGUUGAUAAAAACAUCCGCGAAUUAAAUAAAGAAUGGCUACUUUGUAACGGAAUUGACGAACGGUAAUUUUAAUAAUGUGAAUUUGACACUAACAGCGUUAAUGUGAUUUUGCAUUUUUGAAAAACUGGCAUAUAAUUUUUGAAAAUGACUAUAUUUUUUGAAAAAUGUAUAUACGAUUUGCCCGUUGAGCCAAAAUCUCAGAAAAAAUAACCAUAAUAAAUAGCUCGAAAACACAAUUAAAAUUGAAAAUAGUGUCAAAUUGACACUUCCAGCGGACGCGGGUUAAGAAAUAAGCCUCAAAAUCAACCAAUAUCACGAUUACAUGAACAAUAUUACAUUAAAAAUAUAUGAAAUGCGUAAUAAAAUAAUGAAACUUUGAUAUACAGCA